AAUGAUGAAGAACAUAACAGUGGCCAUACUGCAACUGAGUGAAUCUGGGGAGUUGGCCUUCCUGCAGAGUAAGUGGUGGGCCAGCAGCUGCUUGCCAGAGGGGGGCCAAGCCCCACAUGCCCUCCAGCCCCACCUCCUGAGAGGCCUCUUCCUGCUCCUGGCCCUGGGGUUGGGCCUGGGACUCCUCAUGGCCCUCCUGGAGCUUGCCUCCAAGGCCCGCAGUCAAGCCAAGGAGCAGAAGAAAUCCUGCUGCUCAGUGUUGUUGGCAGAACUGAGUCAGCGCUUUGGAUCGCGUGGGGCAAAAGCAGGCACAGAGACGUCAGAGAAGAGCAAAGCGUAAAGGACGCGUUUCACUGGCUGCUUCCUAACAACACCAGAUGCAAAUAAGAUCGUGUAAAUCCGUUCCUGUCCUUGAGAGCAGCAGUAUCUUCCCUAUCAUAGUGUAUCUACAGCAACAUGUUCUGUUUCAUAGCGUACCACACAGCUACCAACUUCCCCACCUGUAAGUACAAUGUUAGAAUAUAUAUAUAUAUUCUUAUUAGAGUAGAUUGCACUAUAGUUUCCACUCUGAAAAGGUAUUAUUAAGCCACUAAAGACAACAGACACAACAGCAUUUCCUGUCCUCAGACGACACGGUCCACUGCAGAUAUUAACAGACAGUGAUUCAAUAUGAAGUUGAUACAGGCUUUUCAAUUAACCUCCAGAUGAAUGUGUAAAGCGUAUGUUAUUGUAGGCCUAUUUGUUGUUGUUGAUAUGAACAGGUGUUUUUUUGUGUGUACUGCCAAAAUAUGUUGUACUAA